AUGUCCAUCGGCGUCGGAGAGGUACUGACAGCCCUCGAGCUGGUCAAAAGUGCAAUCGACAUCUACAAGGAAAUCACAAAGGCGCCCGAGGAAAUCAAGCAGCUGAACAAGGAACUGGUCGAGCUCACAAAGCCGCUCGAGAGUCUGCUGUCUCACCUGCAGGCCCAAGCCGGAAGCAGGAGCGAUGCGGCCCUCCGGAGCGUGACGGACCGAGACCGGCAGGACCUGGCCGACGCCAUCCACGCGUCGCUGCGGGACUGCGGCGAGAUCAAGGGCAUCUUUGCCGACUUCGCGGCCAAGCGGCUGGGACAGAUCGGGGACGUGCCGCUCGUCACAAAGUUUGGCUUCGUCGCCAGCGCCUACUACAAGUUUGGCGACGGCGCCGACACGGUCAAGGCGCUCAUCCUCAGGAUCCGGGAGCGCCAGAUCGCCAUACACACGUACCUGCAGCUCAUCCAGGUCAAGCUGCUCGAAGAGGCUAACAAGAACAUCAAGAGCUUGGGCGACAAGAUCGACCAGCUGAGGAAGGAUGCCGAGAAGAAGAACGCUGCCGACAAGGCCAUGACCACUGACAUGAUCAAUCAGUUCAAAAAGCUCCUGGCCAAGGAGCUGGUCGAGGCCAAAAGGGCCGAAUCUGGAAAGGAAAGCAGCAGCCAACCAGCAUCAGAUGCCAACCAGAAGGACACCAUCAAAGUGGGCAGGCCACCAGUCAGAUCCAAAACACCUGAGCCGCUCGACAAGACCAAGCUUCUCCCGCCAGAGGACAACAAAAGCCACAAGCGAAGACUGAGCGCGCCGUCGGCACCGACCAAACCGCGAACACCAUCACCCAAGCCGACCGAUAGAACCUACUCGGUCUUGUUCGUCGACCCAAGCAACAUCGGCCGCAGCUUCGUGGCCCAGGGGAUCCUCCUACUCAUAGACGCGUGGCUGCGCCAGAGUGCCGGCAAGCAGUACACGAACCGCAUCAAAAAGGUGUCCUCGGCCGGCUUCUUUGUCAAGCGCGGCGGGGACUGCCUCGACGAGAUUGAAGGGCUCAGCUAUGCUCGCGAGUCGUACAGGUUCGACCUCACAGACGGCCACGGCGAAAAAAACACGGCCGCGCUGCGCGCGCUCUUUGACGAGACGACGGCAAGGACCCCGGGUGCAGAGUGGCGGCGCGGCGGAGGGGCGAGGGCAAAAUACGAAAAGUUGUUUGCGCAAAUGAGCCGGACGGGCAUCAAGCGGGCGCACUUCAAGGACUACGACUACCUCCUGUGCUUCACGAAUCGUGAGUACAGCAACCUGCACAGGCUGCGGUCCGCCAUUUUGGCCAAAGACGGAAGCGAUGCCUCGCCCAACGGCAAGGGGAAAAUCCUGCACCUUGGCAGGUUGCUUUCAAAAGACGAGAAAGGUCUUGCGCCGGAGAUAUUGGCGGUCCCUCCGAACGACAUGGGGGAUGAUGAGGCCGUUUGGAACGCCAAGAUUGAUGACAUUAAGAGAGCGAUUGACGGGUUUUUGCAAAAGAGGCUGCACGUUACGUACCCUGAGAAGCCUGGAGCGGCACAAGGCUAA